AUGGAGGAUAAGCCGAUUGCAGUCGAUCCCAAUCCGCAUCUAUUAACCGAUGACUACGAUCUCGAUGACUGGCAAUCGGAAACAACAUCCAUCCAAUCUUCGAUUUAUAAAGGCUUGAUUGAGAAUGGCAGAAGAUACCAAUCAUUGCGCUCGAGCGAAUACCAUGUACCCUCCGAUGACCAACAAUUCGAAGCCUACGAAGCAGGGCAUAUCGUGGCGAUGAUCAUGGACGCCCACCAGCGCAACCCCCUCUUCCAAGCACCAAUCGGACCCUCGCCCAAGGGAAAGGAACGUGGGCCAUUGACGUUGCAGACAGGUUCCCCGAUGCAACCGUCCAUGGUGUGGAUCUGUUCCCCCCCUCCGGUCAACUGGAUGCCACCCAACUGUAUCCUCGAAGUGGAUGAUAUCCUGCAAGAAUGGACAUGGCGCGAGCCAUUUGACCUUGUCCAUCUCCGCAUACUGGAUUCAGCGUUUACCCCCGAGGAGACCGACCGCCUAUACAAGCAAUGCUACGACCACAUCCGCCCCGGCGGCUGGAUCGAACAGUUCGAACUAAGCCCUUACAUCGAAUGCGACGAUGACAGCCUGCCCGCCGAUAAUAUCGUGAGAGGCUGGGGCCCGCGGUUCGAGCGCGCAGCCGAGAAAUCAGGCCGUCCACUGAUGAUCAUGAACACUUUCCACGAGUCGAUCCAGAAGGCCGGGUUCGUCGAUGUGCAUACCAAAGACUACAAGUGGCCUAUUGGUCCCUGGCCCCGGGAUCGGCAGUUGAAGGAGGCCGGCCUCGUCAACUUCCAUCACUGGAUGGGCGGCAUGGAAGGGUAUGGCCUGUGGCUGCUCACCAAGUUUGGAGAUCCGGUGCCCUGGUCCAAUGAGGAGGUGCAGGUUUAUGUGGCCAAGGUGCGACGUGAGAUAGCCAAUCCUCGGUUUCAUAUCUAUGAGCGAGCGAAGAGAAUCUGGGCUCGGAAACCAUUUCCGGACGAGACACGGAUGAGUACUUGA